AUGCACCUUAUAGCUGCAAAUUUAUGGACAUGGAUUCGAUACGUGUUGUUGGAGGAAGGAGCUAUGGAAAAAGAGAUCAGGGAAGUAUUCCAUGCGAUAAGCAAUCAAAGUGAAGCAGGAAUGGACACUGGCGCACUCGAAGCCUUUGAACAUCGAGAUAUCGACAGUAGUUGCCAGUCGGUCGAGUGCAUGCUA